AUGGCCCCUCAUAUACCAGACAUGACAGCAGAGGAACCCCUUGGCCUGUGGGUGUUGAGCCCCGUGGGGGAGGUCAAGUCAAUGCCUGAACAUACGCUGGAGGAGGAACUCAACAGCUGCAACCAAGAAGCCACGUACUAUCACACAGACGUGCCCACUGAGGAAUGUGCAGCAGUCACUGACAGUGUGAGCACCGAGGAGCCGUUCUGCAGGAUCUGCCAUGAAGACAGGGCCUCGGGGGAGCUGCUGUCCCCCUGCGAGUGCUCUGGUAGCCUGGCCAUGGUGCACCGGGCCUGCCUGGAGCACUGGCUCGCCACCUCCAACAGCAGCCACUGUGAACUCUGCCACCACCAGUUUGCUCUGGAGCGCCUGCCGAAACCUCUUUCUGAGUGGUUGUGUUCUCCAUCCAUGCAGCAGCAGAGGAGGACGCUGUGCGGUGAUGCAGUGUGUUUCCUGUUCAUCACACCCCUGGCCAGCCUGUCAGGUUGGCUGUGUGUUCAGGGAGCCAUGGACCUCUACUACACCAACGGCAUGGAGGCCCUGGGGCUCCUGAUCCUCACACUGGCUCUAUUUACCAUAUACAUGUUCUGGACUGUGGUAUCCGUGUGCUACCACAUGCAUCUGUUCAAGACCUGGAAGAAGACCAACCAGAGAGUGCGACUGCAGAUUCCCCCGUCUGGCCACAUCACACAUAACCAACAGACCCUGUCCAUAGACACCCUCACCAAAGCCACUAAUAAAGAGACUAUGGUGUAG